AUGGAUUCACCUGUACAAUGCACGUCACCACAAGAGUGGAAUGUUGCAUUCGACACACCAUUCGGAAAGAGUUCCGUCAUGGAAGGUGACGUUGGCGGAAGUGAAAAUGAAACAUGCUCUAAUGCGACAAGAAAUACAAUAAGAUCUCUUUUUAUUGACGAAGACUCUGGACUCGGAAUGGACACAGACACGACCGACGAUCAGUUUAUUUUAUCGUCUGUACCGACUUUUAUAGGAGAUGAAGAUGACACGUGUUUUGAUGGCUCCUUUACUGAGGUAAUUGACACAGCGACACCUCUUGGCUUCAAAUCAAAGUCGGCUAAAAAGAAACUGUUUACCAAUAAACGUAUUGCCGAUAUUAGUGAAGACAAUUUGGAAUUUUCUCCGUCUGUGAAACGAUUCAGAAAAGACGAGCCAAAUUCAUUAUUAAAGUUCGCUCUUCAGAAUUCUCCGAUUCAGCAGACGGACGAUGACGUUAGCUGUAUCAUCCGGGCAGUUGACAGACUUACAACGGAAGUUGAUCUUGUAGCAGACGGAUCACGUGACUACAGUUUACCUACGAUUAGAGGGAAACAUGGCGAUUUGAAGACUAUUUCCGCCCAAACUAUGGCCGACAUUGUAAAGGAAACAGAUGAAAGCGGAAAUGACGUCAUGAUUGUUGAUUGUCGGUACCCGUAUGAAUUUGAAGGAGGACAUAUAAAGGGCGCUGUAAACCUGUACACGAAAGAGGAUGUUUACAAACUUCUUGAGUUGUCUGAAACCCAAAGACCACGUGUUCUUGUGUUUCAUUGUGAAUUCUCAUCGGAACGAGGCCCAAAAAU